GCCCACAGACGGUCAGUUAGUCACAGGGCGUAGUGUAGGACAGUCGCUAUUCCAUUAGUUAAAAAGUUAAGGCGUCCGCCAUAUUUAAUUUCUCACGCGAUCCAACUAAAAUGCAUCAAAAUGGUGAUACUCAAACUUGAAAAUUGUCGUCGUGAUACGAAUGUGACGGAGAUAUUCGCGUUGUUUUUCGAACCUAAUCAUCCUAAACGUUUCUUCAAGUACAGUUGACCAAGAUCCCUGACGUUCCGGGAUUUUCGGUUUGUGUUUCGGAACUGUGUGUGACUGUAUACAAGCCGAUUUAGGACAAUCCGCGCUCUGUGUUUUUGAAUUUAGAAUCAUGAACAAUCUUUUUUGAAUAUAUUAUUUAGAUACUUUUUAAUUUGAAACUUUUUGACGGUGAAUUAAAUUUAAAAAAUGGAGAAGCCAAAGUAUACACGUAUACAGUCUUACGGGAGCAUGUGUUCUGGUAGAAGCGACGACGACAUGACUGUUCACAGUCAGUUGUUUCCUUAUCCGAAGAAAAUGGUCGUUGAAAGGGAAAUUUUGUACGAAGAAGAGAAUCCGCCAUUCCAACCGCUCUUUGCGACUACCCGCCUUUUCGGAAAGGCGAGGUUUACCUGCUUGCUGCUGAUCUACGUGGUGUUCUAUACGGCCUACUUGGUUUCGGGUGCUCUGGUGUUCUCGGCGUUGGAAGCACCGCUAGAGAACCAGAUCAGAUUGGAUGUCAUCAGAGCCAAAACAGACUUUAUGAUGCGCCAUCCAAACAUCACAGAUGACGACUUGGAAGCGUUGCUCGACGAGGUGGUGCGCGCGAGCAACCGUGGCGUGUCUGCGUCGCGGAACGUGAGCGGCGGACCCAACUGGAGCUUCGGACAGUCGCUGUUCUUCUCAUCUACUGUCGUUACCACUAUUGGCUACGGGCAUGUAACACCGCUCUCGAAGCCGGGCAAGUUGUUCUGCAUGGUGUACGCUCUGCUCGGGAUACCGCUGACGCUGGUGCUGCUCUCGGCGCUGGUGGAGCGGCUGCUGCUGCCGGCCACGGCGAUGCUGCGCGCACUCAACGCCUCCCUCGGACAUCUGUACCGACCCUUCACCAUACGGCUGGUGCAUCUGUCUAUUAUUGUGAUGACUCUGGUAGUAUUCUUCCUGGUGGUGCCGGCGUGUGUGUUCGCCUACAUGGAGCCGGAAUGGGACUUCCUGGACUCGUUCUACUACUGCUUCAUAUCACUCACCACCAUCGGCCUGGGAGACUACAUACCUGGAGACUCGCCUGGCCAGCCCUACCGACCCUUCUACAAAGUUGCCACUACUUUCUACUUAAUCAUCGGCCUGACAUUCCUAAUGCUGACCCUGACGGUAUUCUACGACAUCCCGCAACUGAACCUGAGCACCGUGUUCUCAUCGGUCAAGCUUGACGAAGACCCUGAGAAGAUGCGCCUGAGUGGAUCCGGCGUGAUGGGCCCCGGGUACGGCAUCGGCGGGCUGGUGAUGCGCGACGACUACAACCACCACGACCAGCGCCGCUCCGUGGUCCAGAUCCGGCCGCACCUGGACGACAGCCCCAGCCCCGAGGACACCACCCCCGUCCACGCCAGGGACAUGCGGGUCCACUAAACGAGCUUCAUAGUCCGGCUCCUAAACGGUUGGUGCUAAGGUCACGGAACUAUCUCGAAUGUUCCCCGAACGGAUCUAUCGUGUGAAUUUAAAAUUCCAUAUUUCUAUGUGUUGUAGUUAAGUUGUGGCUAUGUAAUGAAUCGGUGUGUUUGAUUUUGUAAAAAUGUAAUAGAGCACGGAUCGUUUUGUUUAGUUUUAAGUAUUUGCAAUUUGCGUUUGUUUUCAUGUUGACUACCGUCCUUAAAGUUUCAUUGAUAAAAUCGAAAUUUGCAUUUAACGUUUCGAAAGCUCAGUUGAUAAAACUAACGUAUUCACCAAAGUGAAUCGUGUUUGAAAUAAGACUGACGAACUUUAUCAAAUUUUCACUCUUUUCUAAAUUUAUUUUAUACUUUGAAAUAUUUACCUACCGCGCGAAAACAUGGCGGACGAAUUUAAACCUAUGACGAAUAUGUAACAUUUCAACAGACUGCCUAAAAUGUCCUAUAUGUAUACGUUUUACACACGUCUAAACAUUAAGAAUUUUCAAAAACAUACACCGUCUCCUAAUAUAUCGAAAUCAUAUCAAAAUCAAAAAUAUUAUAACUUAAUUCUUCAAUUGGCAACAUUAACGAAAUAAUACCAAGCAAAAAGUUAUUGGUUUUCUAUUUUGAAAUAAAAAUAUUCUUAAGUACUUAACAAUGCAUAAUAAAGUAAUUAAAACAGAUAACCCUAAAGCAAAGCAGAUUAUAAAUAAUGUAUUAAAAAUGUAUCAAAAUGUCUUUAGUAUUUUUAAAUAGUGGUGGAUGCGAUAAACAAUAUAAUCGAUUCUAAUAUCAAUAUAAAUGUUUUAUUCGAGUUCAAAACUAGUGUAAAGUAUGACGUAUCAAUUAUGUGUGAUAGAUGACCAAUAAUUUAGUAGUUUCAUUGGAUUAUAUAAAAAUAUAAAGAUAUAUCUUACAUAGUAUAAAGCCCUUAUAAAAAUAUUAUAAACACUCAAAUGUAAUUUGGAAAAUUAUAUUAGAUUCUAUUCUAUAAAUGGUAGAGAAAAUAAAUUAUGCUAUAUUAAGAAAAAUAAUAUUGUACCUAUCUGUAGACGUAAAUGCAUAUUGAAGUGUAAAUUCCAAUUUAAAGUUUCAAAAUCACAAUUUGCAACAUCUUUAUAAUAUCUCUGAUCAAAACACUAUCACGUUUAAUUUUCUUUCAUUGAAAUAAUGUCAUUUUUUUUUGCAAAUAGUUCAUUCCACGGCUGUGAAUUAAUUUUAAAAAUAAAAUUUAUGUUUUGUUCAUUAAUAAUUAUUUUCAAUAGAAACGUAAUGACAAUAUAAUCACUUAUGAAACGAUUAUUAUAAUGGUAUUUUAUUAUUAUUUUUAUACUCAAUUAUUGGCGAUAAGUAAGUAUAUUUUUAUUUCAUCAGAUAAUCAAAUAUUUACCUAUCUUUUAGUUUCAAGUUUUAUUGUACAGGAACGUUUCAGAUUAUCACUAUCAACAUAUACGAACUAUCUGAAUAUUAAUAUAAAAGUAUUGUAGACAACCUUGAAAAAAUAUGAUUUAAUGCUUAUUACAAGAAUAGACACUUCUUUAUGUGUUGUUCUGCUAUCUAUAUAACUUUAGAAUGCUGAGCAAAAAGAUUUUAACAGAUUCGCUCCAUUGUUUUCAUAUUUUUUCAACGUUGAUCUAUCAAAAAUAUAUUGAAUGUUAGAAUGAAAUGAAAUAUCUAUGUGUAAGUAAAAUAAGCUUGUACUCUUAUUCAUAUGUUUCCAUAAUCGAUGUAUUAAAACAAAUAAUAGUUGUUAGUGUGUAGUGCGUAGUUUACAACACGGAAUGCCUUGGAUGGAUAUAGUCAUAAUACACAUCUGUAUCUGAAAAUAAUUCGUAAAUAAAUCAGCUUGAAAAUGUA